CAGAGUUAAUCAGGUAGAAGUUAUCCGCCAUUGAGGUUGUUCGAAGAGACUGAGGCUAGCUAGGCCUAGAUAAAUCUUCAUAAUAGUUAUAUUUUUAUGUACAUUACUUGAUGACGUUUUAAAUAAUAUCUGUUUACUAUCACUGUGUUUAUUAUUUUCAGAAUUGAAUCGAUUUAUUUUGAUUUUGAUACUAACUGCUGUCCGUAGUGUAGGACCAAGCUAGGCUAGCGGGUAGCGCAUCUGGUUGGUGUAUUUGUUGAGACACGACACAGCGGCAGUCUGGCGGUUGCUUGGUAUUGCCCAACAUUUUUGGAAGGACGGUUGGUAGGAUGUAGCUUAGCGUAUUGAAGACACCAGCGUUGUAGUCACUUUUCGCCAUAACUUUUGGAAUUUUUUUAUUGAUAGUAUACUUGAUAAUAACUGGAUAUAGAAAAUAGCUAUUCAUCCUGGAUUUUUUGUCUUGCUGUUUUGAAAAUUUGAGAAGUUUCAAUUGACAUUUUUAUUGUGAAAAUUCGUAUAACACUAAAACAGUUUGAUAAAUUUCCUGCUGUACAGUCAGUAGACUGGCUAUCUUGGGUGGAGCUGUGUUUUAGAUUGAUUUCUUUUGGAUAUUUUACAAUAUAUUAUUAAAAAUGGAUGAAAAUAUACCAAAGUUUGCCACAAUAGAGGAAGAGGCUUUAUACUGGAAAAAUCUGUCACUGGACUUAAAACAAAGUCUUGAGGAAACAAAGGAAGACUUUGAAGAAUAUCAGAUAAGCAGUCGCGAGUUAGAAGCAGAAUUGGAGACACAGCUAGAGCACGCUGAGGCUAAGAUCAAAGACUUAACUGCCAGUAACCAAAGACAGCAGAUGGAAGUUGAAUCUCUCAAGGAAAAGCUUGAGGUUUCACAACGAGGAUAUUUAAAACAAAUUAGCGAAUUAGAAGAUGCCCUAGCACAGAUUACUGCUAUUAAAGAUGAGCUUCAAAAAUAUAUACGAGAAUUAGAGCAAAUGAAUGAUGACCUAGAGAGAGCAAAGAGAACAACGGUAGUCUCACUGGAGGACUUUGAAGCAAGGUUGAAUCAUGCAAUUGAGAGGAAUGCAUUUCUUGAGAGUGAAUUGGACGAGAAGGAGAGCUUGCAAAUUACCGUCCAACGACUUAAAGAUGAGGCAAGAGAUUUACGGUCAGAACUAGCUACAACUGACAGUCUUCCCAUAAGGCAGAAGAUAGGAGAGACUCUUGUGGAGCUGCCACCAGACAACAACCGAGUGAAGGAGGAGAAGAUGGACAUCGUUGAGGGCAGUCAACCAGACAACAAGUUGUUGCACGAGGCACAACAGGCUUUGGAGUCGGUCAUGAAGGAACCUCCAGGUGAGAAUAGAGGAACCAUACCAGCAAAUCAACUAGGAGGCAUACGAAGCGGUCCUUUAGUAUCUCCCGGUGGAACACCUCUGACCCCUACCGCAAGAAUAUCGGCUUUAAAUAUCGUUGGUGAUCUACUGAGGAAAGUUGGGGCCCUGGAAAACAAGCUCGCUUCAUGUAGGAAUUUUGUGAGGGAGCAGCCCCGUAAAGCAACCAGCCCUGUUGACUCCCCAAGUGCUCCGAAACGGGUCAACCGAACAGGAUCUGCAUCGUCUGGUAACGUGCAUGGCAUGGUUAAGAUUACUGUAUGAAUUUCGUCUUACUAAUUUUCACAGAGAACGUGACAUUUCACAGAGAGUUUCACAGAUGGUGUGUACUGUAGCAUGGGUGUUAAAUGUAUUACCUAAAAUCUACAGUCGAAUCUCACAUUUACUUUACUCUAGACUACAAAGUUCUGUAAUCUCCGAAUCCCAAAAAUAAUCAGUGCAUUUUUUUGAACCACAUGUAAAGUUUAGCUCAAAUUACUUACUCUGAUUAUAAAUUUGAGAAUUUUAUUUCAUGAUUUAACAUUAAAUCCUAACAUAUACAAAAGAAACCAGACAACGGUUGUAUUUAAAACUGUUUAUAUUUAUGGUAGCAGGUUUAUAAUUCUCAAAGCAUUAUAAAGCAUUGGAUGAUCUAGGCUUGCUUUCAACCUGCUCCACCGUGAACUUGGUAUUCUGAAUACUCAUAUUGUCAUUUAAACAGUUUUUAUUUAAGUGUUUGACUUAACUUAGCUUAUAAGAUAACAUGUGGAUGGAAGAACAGUCUUAACUUUGGCAAUUUAAGAUUCAUAUUAAAUAUGUGAAUAUUUGGCAAUAUCCAAGUUCCAGUUAAUGUGAUAUUUGACUGUACUUCACAAGGAAUUCUAAAGUCAUUAGUUAUAUAAGUUAAUGACUGCUAUAUAAAUAAAAAUUUACAUGCUACUGAAUAUUCAUUUUAAAAUUUAAAUAAAGUGCAUAGUGAUAAUUUCAAUCUGUGAAUUAUUUGUAAUAUGUAUGCAUUUGAAGCGUACAGUCCACACGCAUUAGUGAAUAUUUGUCAAGAUAAAAGUUAUCUACUCACAAUAUUUGGUGCAUAAAGUAAUGGUAAGCGAGUUUCUAGUCUGCAUCAUUAGCAUUCAUAUGAAUAUUAAUGAAUUGUCAUCAAUAUUCAUGAGGUCAUUUUUCUAUACAGUAUUAUCAAAUAUUGAGAUACAGUAUCACUUUUAUUGUAAAUAUUUAAAUAAGCUGGUUUGGUGCUGCCAAAAGUGAUGACCUGAUAAAAGAUAAGUUAAUAAUAUAUUUUACAGAUGUAUAUUAAGAAUACAGUACAUUUUGAAGUGUUUUAUCUUGAUAAAAUGGAAGAUAUUACAUAAGAAUAUAUAACUCUCAUCUCUUUCACAUUCUCUUCACUCUCCAUCUCUCCUUCCUCCUCUUCUCUCCUAAUUUCAAAUCUCCUAUCCCUCUUUAAAUCACUUCUCUUUAUUAUCGCUCAUUUCCCUACCAUUUUUGUCUUUCUCCCAUGUUCAGCUUUCUUACCUAUAUCUCAUCCUUUUUUUCAUUUACUGCCUUUCCAAUCUUGUCUCCAUUUUGAACUUUCUUCCCAUCACUAAUAUUUUGUUUACCCCUUUCAACUAUCACAUCUUGCACCUUACGUCUAAUUUUUUCUCUGUACCUCAUCUUCCUCACCGUAGUACUUUCCCCAUUUCUCAUUUUUUUUACCCAUCUCUUAUCCCCUGUAUCAUUCAUUUCCUUUAUCUCUUGUCUUAUUCAUCUCCAUCACUAUCUCCCAUCACCUCCUUACCUCCUAAAGAAUCAGUGUCAAAAUUGAUGGUAUUCUUUUUAUUCAAGGUAAAAUGUUCUGUCCAGUCUGUCAAAUUUUCUUUGACAGAAACAUGUGACAUGCCUAAAUAUGGUCAUGAUGACAUCACAUGACCAUAUAUAGGUGCAAAAUGACCAUAUAUGGGCAUAAACAACCGUGUGUUUUUUUUUCAAACAAUAUGUGAUAGUUUGAACAGGACUUACAGGAAUGCUAUAUGGACAGCCAGAUAAAUAAAAGGUGUAAGCCAUGUUAGUCUGCUAUACAACAGAAAUGACAAAUCUCAAAAAGCUUUCGUCCACACAGUGGCCAUGCAGUCCACACAGUCUCGCUUUCCUCUAAAGUUGAUCCUAUAGUCCAACAAUUAAAUUUCUUUUGCCGAAGACCAAAACAAAGUAUAUUUUGUGUGAGGAAUUAUAAACAAGUAAAUACCCUUGAGAAAUAAUUAAAUAAGGUACAUUUUAAUAAAAUAUUUUUUACCUCUGGAAAACAAAUAUUAUAUAAUUUCUUUUUACAGAAUACAAAACUUUUAUUGGUCUUGUAAAAGCGAAUGUACAAGAAAUUACUUGAUUUUUGGCAAGGAGGGUCCCUUUCCUCCUGACAAACUUACAAUCAUCUCCUGGGAAAAAAGACAAAAUCUGUAAACCAAACUUAUGUAAAACAAUACCUUUAGUUAGGAUAAUUAAGGAUAAGCAUAUGUUAAUCUGAUUACAGUGUUUAAGCUUUUAGCGUCUUACAUGGUUAAUUACAAAAAUAAUAAAUAAAUAAAUCACUAAUUAUCCUACUAAUUGCAUGAACAUAUAGUAUUACUCUACCAAGUAUUUUACUUUUACUCUACAUUUUCCCAAAAAUAUUAAGUCAUUAACUUUACAGUAAUAAAUAAUAUAAUAAAACUUAUAAUAAAAAAUAAUUUAUAAUCAAUGGAUCCAAUGCCAGUUUCUCACACAUCAUAUUUAAUAUUAUUUUUGCUUUAUAUCAUUGUAUAUUAUUAUUUUUUUCCCUCAUUCUCUCAGGUCAAAGAUGCAUCUUUCCCAACUUAUAAAGUAAAUUGAAAACAAAAUUCCUGUAACAUGUUAAUAUAUAUUUAUUUACUUAUUUAUUUAUUUAUUUUGUUAUAUAUAAAUUACAGAAUAUAGCAAUAUGAUGGAAUAAAUGAAUAUUACAGCACAUGGCCGAUAUUUGGGAAAUACUGUAGCUUAUUUUAGUGUUAACCAAAUAUGUUUUUUUUUUUUUUUAAUAUUGAAUUUCUAAUUGUAAAUCUCUUGUACAAAAUGCAAAACAACUGUUUUUCAUAAAAUUGUGAACAUGAUGAGGUAUCCAAUGAUUUGAUCAGGAUUUAAAUAAUAAUUUAUUGCUUGGUUUGAAACCGCUCCAUAUAAAUGUAUACUGGAUGCUUCGCAAUAUUUGUACCAUACAACAACAUGAAAUGUGAAACAACAUGUCUAUGAGGUUAUGAUUAAGUUGUUGGUUCUUCAGUUGAAAUUAUAGAUCUUAUAAACACAAGAUAGCAUUCUCCGCGAUUUACGCGUAAAAAAAUAGGCUGAAAAGUAAUCACUUUUGGGAGAGGAUGCCCUAGUUGUUGCCAUGAAAGUUGUUCACAUCCCACCAAAAUUUGUUACCACAAAGUACGAUUUUGUUGCUUUUUUGUUUUAAAGAUUGCAUGCAUUAUAAAUCAUCGCUUCUAAUUGUUGUGCGUAAAGGUGAAGUCGCGUGGGUGUAAGCUAUGGUCAAAGCGGUCAAAGUUGAAAAGUAAUCAUUUUUUUCAAGAGGGCACCAUACACUGUAUUAUAAGGGAGCUUUCGAUUGCGCGACGACGGUAGGACGUAGAACAUAAUGACGUCACUAAAAGUCAUCUGCGCAUGCGAGAACGUCAAGGUCACCUCGUGGAGUAAAUUUUGGAACGCAAUUUUGGCAAAUCUACAUAUGCAGAGAACGUAGGACGCCAAAUCAAAAGCUCCCUAUUUGCACGCAGAAAUCACGGAGAAUGCAAUCUUGAAUCUUGUGUUUAUAAGAUCUUUAGUUGAAAUUUAUAAAUGAAAAUUCAAUCAGUAAAGCCAGGCAGUCACUGAUGCGCCCAACGAUUGUCGGCCGACGCUAUAAGAAAGCUUUCAAUUUGUGCAAUGACGCAACGCUAGAACUAAUCCCCUAUAAAUGCGUGACCGUCAUACGUUCACUACAAAAUGUAAAUUUGGCAAAUUGCGUCCUAGAAUCCAUGCGACCGCAAGACUUGAACGUUCUCGCAUGCGCAGAUGGAUUUAUUUGACGUCAUUGCGUUCUACGUCCUACCGUCGUCGUGCAAAAGCUCCUGAAUGUAUGGAGAACGCAGCGGCGUUUUUAAUGAUGAUCCAUUUAGACUGGCACCGACAAUCAGCAGAUGGCGUUGCAUCGUCUAGCGCUCAGAGGGAGUGUAGUUGAAUUUGUUGUACGACGCUGUGAGUGCCUGGCUUAAGAUCUUUAGGUGUAUGAUGUCCAGAAAUUACAUGGAUUGAUGUGAAGGGGCAUGACUAUUUUUCUAUUCUUCACCUGUACAAUAGGCAUAUGUAAAUUAUGAUUGGUUGUUAUUGGCUAAUAUUGAUAUAAGACCAUAUGUGUAUUUUAUCAUGCCGUUGCACUGCCCUGUUGAUAUCCCUGUUUUCUGCUAUGUACAUCAGAAUAUGAUGCAAUGAAAAAGGAGCACCGCAUCAAACUAUAUUCGUUUAGAUGAUUUAAUUUCAUAGACUCACUCUUAUGUACUUCUUAACCUUUGGGGAAAAGAUUUUUAGAAUUCACAAUUAUAUAAAGUUCUAUUUUUUUUUUUUUUUUUUUUUUUUUUUUUUUUUUUUUUGGAAGAAGUUAACUGAAAGCAACUGAAAUGAAACCUGAUUAAGCCAACUAAAAUUGUUCGUAUUUUUAACAGCACAGAUGUAUUAGCUCGAAGUUGUGACUAGAAAAUGCGGAAAAAAAAAUCAGAAAUCAGGUUUACUACAUGGCUAAUAAAUAACGCAAGUUGUUAAAGAUUUUAUUUGUUUAUCGUGAUCAGAUGGUAUCGAAAGAAACUUUAACAACAAACCAAACAUUAAUGAAAGACAAUAAUAAUGAUUGAAAUUUUCCGCUAAGCCCCUUCCACAAUAACAUAAGUGUACGUAAACGCGCGUGUUUGUGGGACACACGUGUUCUUGUUGGACACGUGCGUAUUCCCAGCACUGUUCCGAUUGGUCAGUUGUUAAGUUUCAUUGAAAAUCCAGAAAGGUCCAUUUUCUUCAGUUUAUGCAUUAUUCAUCCUGCCUACUACUACACUAUCUAUUUUUGUUCAACUCCCUUUUUUGAACGUUAGUCGUUUCUGUAUUUCCUGCAUAUUGGGUAGACGAGUCAUGUUAUUUUAAUUGUAUAUUUGUAUGUAGAUUAUAUGCAUGAACUUCAUUGUAUAUUAGUAAACUCUCAAUUUUCCCAAUAAAUUGUAACAUGGCAUUAACUGGA